AUGCCACCCAAGAAGCGCACCUCUACGGUCGCGAACGCCGACGCGACGGAGCCAUCAUCCAAACGUGUGCGCAAAUCAGCUGGCCCAGGAACCGCUGCAGCAUCGCGUCCCAAGCGAUUCCCCCAGCUCCCACCACGCGCAGCAAAGAUAAAAGCUGCUGCUCCUGCUCCUGCUCCUGCUCCCAAGCCAUCGCCUGCUAAGCGCGCCGCUACCAGCAAGGCUCAAGCACAAGAGACCCCCAGGAAGAGAGGUCGUCCAGCCGCGACAGCUGCGUCGCCAGCCGUCAAGAAAGGUAAACCCGCCAAAUCCACCGCGCCCGCCAAAAAGGCAACUGCCCCCAAGCCCAAAACCACAACGCCCAUUGUCAAAACCAAGACAACCCCUACAGGUAAGCCUGGUAAACGACGCGGUAGACCACCCAAAUCUGCCGAGCCGACUUCAACUCAAGUCGCUGGUAAGAAGAGGAAGAGGACUGCUGGUGAAUCCAAGCAAGAAUCUGCUACUGUCCCCCAAAAGUCGUCGACUGGAAAGCUUGCCAAGAAGCAAAAAGUCACCAGAGCACCUCGCACACCUGCAUUCUUGAAAGAGAAAGAGCCCGGCCUAACAAUUGAGGUGGCUGAAGAGGAUGCGUUCGGAUCCGACGGCAAAUCAUACUGGCUUAUGAAAGCGGAACCGGAAUCGCGAAUCGUCAAGGGCGUAGAUGUUAAAUUCUCGAUCGAUGACCUACGAGCAACUAGGGAGCCAGAACCCUGGGAUGGUGUUCGCAACUCUGUUGCUCGAAACAAUAUGCGCGCUAUGAAGCAGGGCGACUAUGCGUUUUUCUACCAUUCGAGUUGCAAGGUUCCCGGCAUUGUGGGACAAAUGGAAAUCGUGAAAGAGCAUUCAGUAGAUGAAUCCGCCUUUGACCCCGCACAUCCAUACUACGACGAAAAGUCCAGCCGCGAGAACCCAAAGUGGGAAUGCGUCCAUGUCGAGUUCCGACGCAAGUUCGAUCAGACCCUGACUUUGGAGACGCUCAAAUCAUAUGGUUUUCCGGGCCAGCCAUUAGAGAACAUGCAGACCCUGCGCCAGUCUCGCGUAAGCGUCUCGCGCGUCUCGCCCCAAGAAUGGAACUUUAUCAUGGGGUUGAUCGAUAAGCAAGAGGCAGGCGCGAAGAAGGCUAGUGCCAAAGCUGCCGCUAAAGAAGCCAAAGCUGCUGCUAAGGAGGCUGCCGCUACGGACAACGCUGAUACUGAGAUGAAGGACGCCGCUGAGCCCAAAACUCAAGUGAACGGCGAGGCAGAGACAGCAGAAAACACCACCGAAGCCCCGAAAGAGCCCACGACGGAGGACGCCCCCAGAUCAGAACACGAUGCCCCUGAGGAACCAGCUGCAGAGCCCGAGGCUACAUCUACAUUCCCGGCACCAGUCGACGAACAGCUACCCAAGGGUACUUCUCAGCCCGAAGAUAAACCCGAAGAUCAAAUGGAUCACGAGAAGUCGACCGGAAGCGGCAUCAAUGGUCAAACGACAGCCGAACGAAUCACUUCAGUAUUCACUAGCGCUUUCCUAGCAAACUAA